AUGGAACGUCUCUUAAUUCUUACAUCAGAUGAUUUACUACAAUUGCAUGCUGUUUCUUAUAAUUCAAAAGAAAAUUUACUUCAAUUUGAUUAUUUACCUGAUAGCUCUCGUUUAUUGAAAUUAAAUGAAGACCAAUUAUGUUUAAAAAUUCGUCAAUCAUCGGAUGGAAAAAUCUAUCAAUCGAUUAAACAAUGUUUACCUAUAAAAAAUCAUCGUGUACAAUGGAAAAUCGAACAAGAAUCUUCUUAUUUAAAAUUAUUAGUCUGUUCGAACAAAUAUCAAAAUAUAUAUGGACAAGAAAUUGAAAUGAAAGAAGAAAUAAAUAAUCGAAAUUUAACACCAAUAAUUAUUGGUAUUAUUGUAAUGACAAGUUUUCUUAUUCUUGUUAUUAUAAUUAUUAUUGGAAUUAUCUAUUGUCGAUCGAGAAAAAAUCGAUUAAAAAAUAAUAUGAAUAAAUUUGGUGCCAACGGUCUUGACAAGGGUGUUAAACCAAUUAUUUCUGAACCUCGUCUUCAAAAUCCUUAUCUAUUGUACAGUAAUUCAAAUUCUCAUUCAUCUCUAUAUGAUUAUGAAUAUCAACAAAGAAAAGUAUCAAGUUCAUUUUCUCAAUCAUGUACGUUUCUAAUCAUAGUUUUUUU